AUGGGAGCUUACACCGUGGAGGCUGGCGAACUCGCACAUCUGAAUACACAGCUGAAAGAGGUGGCGAGUCACUCCUACAUGCAUGGCGCGAGCAUUAUUCAUCGAGAUCUGAAGCCCAAGAACAUAGCUGUGGAUGAGGACUGCAAUCUACGAAUCCUGGACUUUGGAUUGGCUCGUCCGGUGAAUGAGAACAUGUCCAGUUAUGUGGUAACGCGAUGGUAUCGAGCACCUGAACUCAUCGCCAAUUGGAUAAACUACAACGACACAGUUGACGUCUGGUCGGUGGCAUGCAUUCUGGUAGAGAUGAAGAUUCGCAGACCCCUAUUCCGUGGUGAUAAUCCCAUGCAGCAACUUGGAGAAAUUCUUGCUGUGGUUGGCCUGCCAGAUGAAGGAUUUCGACGGAAGAUUAGUAGCGAUAGUGCUAGGGCAUUCAUUAAGACCCUAAACCUCCCACCAAGACGUGAUCUUAAGGAGGUCUUUCCGUGGGCAUCAGACGUGUUGUUAGACCUCCUCUCGAAGAUGCUUGUUCUUGAUCCGGAUCGUCGAUUGAGGGCAUCAGAAGCCUUGGCACAUCCAUUCUUUGCUGAAUAUCACGAUGCAAAUGAUGAACAGGAGGGCACACCGUUGGAGGAUGAACUUAUUUCAUCCAACUCCUUGACCAUUGAUCAGUGGAAAGGUAAACGAUUACUUCUAGACCACCUCAUGGUACUUGCCGCCGAUGGGUGUCGUAUAAGCAACCUGGAACUUCCUACGCAAUUACAGGCCCAGGAAUCCGCCGUCAGCACCAAAUCAAGCCGAGAGGGAUUAGGCAAUGCACCACUUGAACAACUCAAAGAGCUUCUAGGUGUGGAUAUUCGUGUUGAAAGUGCGAAUGUCGCCUGCCCGGCCACCGUACUUGUCCUUGUCCUUGCAUUGAAACACAAAUAG